CGCGAGCGGAUCCCGUUCGACGGGCUUCCCAGGACCGGGCGCCGCGCUCAUCACCUGUACUCCUCCCAAGCAGCCGCGCUCUGCUGCCAUUGGACCAACUGCCUACCGAUGCCCUCGAGCAACAAAAGGCGUUGCUAAGUGCCGUGAGAUAUUUAUUUUUUUUUGGUCCCCCGUGGCUUUUUUUCCACCCGAGUUAGGCGUCCUUGUUCUUCGGAGGGGAAUCUCGACUCACUUUGCAACGUGCGGAUCGGACUGUUCUUUCCUCCGCUGCUGUUGCUGCUGCUGCUAAGCACAUCUCUCUGCUCCUCUCUGUCCCUCCUCCUCCUCUUCCUCCUCCUCCUCCUCCUCCUCCCGCUCCUUUCGCACUGAUGACUUGAAAGCUGGAACUCUCCGGGUUUCACGGGGUGGGGAGGUGAGAGAUGCCUCUUUCCAGUCCUACCGCGGGCGACCAUCCAAGAGCAGGAAGGUGGAGGGGAAGCCGUCCUAUGCCCGUCGGGAGAAGCAUGGCUCAGGUCGAGAGGAGGAAAGAGAAGGCUUAAAAAGAAAAGAAAAAAGAAAAGAAAAAGAGAGGGAGAGUGGAAGAGCGCUGAAGAAGAUGAGUUUCCCCAAGGAAGACGGGGUGAGCGGCUUGUGCCACAAAGCUCUGCAGAUCAUCUCCGAGCUGUGCUUGGGUGGCCAAGUGGAACUGGAGAAAUGUUCGGGCAUUUUUCCUCUGGAGACCUCCAACCAAGGUAUAAGGCGCACAGACAUCUCUGUCAGCCUGCUCGCGGUUGUCGUCAGCUUCUGUGGGCUCGCCUUGCUGUUAGUCUCGCUCUUCGUCUUCUGGAAGUUGUGCUGGCCAUGGUGGCGAAGCAAACCCACCGCUUCAGACACAACAAGCAUCCCUCAGAGCACCACCCCCGUUCCCCCUGAGUUUUUGGAAACCAACGAGAAAAAGGAAAGCCUUAAAGAAAACGGGAAGCCCCCAACAAACAUCCUGGAAGCAGCGAUGAAAAUCAGCCACACUUCCCCGGACAUUCCAGCAGAAGUCCAAAAUGCUUUAAAAGAACAUCUCAUCAAACACGCACGAAUGCAAAGGCAGAUUACAGAGCCUACAUCUUCGUCCAGGCACAAUUCUUUCAGGAGACAUUUGCCAAGGCAAAUGCAGGUGUCUAGCAUCGAUUUUAACAUGGGUCCAGAACCAGUUUUACAAAGAGGGGAGACCACAACCAGCAUUGGACGGAUAAAACCUGAGCUUUACAAGCAAAAGUCUGUGGAUUCCGAAGGCAAGAAAGAGGACGUGAAAACUUGUGGAAAACUCAACUUUACCCUCAAAUAUGAUUAUGAAAAUGAACUGCUUUUGGUCACCAUCGUUAAAGCUUUGGAGUUACCAGCUAAAGACUUUACGGGAACCUCAGACCCGUAUGUGAAAAUCUACCUUCUUCCAGACAGGAAAAAAAAGUUUCAGACCAGGGUUCAUAGGAAGACUUUAAACCCUGUCUUUAAUGAAACUUUUCAGUUUCCUGUGGCCUACGAUCAACUUUGCAACAGGAAGCUACAUUUCAGCGUGUACGAUUUUGACAGGUUUUCUAGACACGAUAUGAUUGGGGAAGUUAUUCUUGAUAACUUUUUUGAAGUUUCUGAUCUAUCUAGAGAGGCUACAGUAUGGAAAGAUAUCCAUUGUGCCACUACAGAAAGCAUUGAUCUGGGGGAAAUCAUGUUUUCCCUUUGCUACUUGCCUACUGCAGGGAGGAUGACCCUCACAGUCAUCAAAUGCCGAAAUCUCAAAGCAAUGGAUAUCACUGGUUCAUCAGAUCCCUAUGUCAAGGUAUCUCUGAUGUGUGAUGGUCGACGCCUGAAAAAGAGGAAAACAACCACAAAGAAGAACACUCUCAACCCAGUAUACAGUGAAGCUAUAGUUUUUGACAUUCCUCCUGAAAACGUGGAACAAGUCAGCCUGUCCAUUGCCGUCAUGGACUAUGACCGAGUAGGGCACAAUGAAGUGAUCGGGGUAUGUAGGACCGGACUUGAUGCAGAAGGACUCGGAAGAGACCACUGGAACGAAAUGCUGGCAUAUCCACGCAAACCAAUAACCCACUGGCAUCCAUUAUUAGAGUUGCCAGGCCGAGCAACCAGCUUUGACAGCCAAGGAUCCUGUUCAUCACCAAAACCACCACUUACACCCUAGACUGAACAGCGGUGUAACAUCCGCACCAUAACCAUGUACAGCUGGAGAUUUGGGUCUAAAUUCAUGACCUGCAUCAUCAUCAUUGUUAUUAUCUGCUGUGCCUACAGUAUCAUGCCACUAUUUCUUAUUCUUUACUUCCAGUUGUGUUUCAUUGGCAGACAGGAUUCUGUCUUCUCUAUAUGUAUGGGUUAUGGCACAUUUAUAAAGUUCGGAGAUCCAUUUCAUGGUACCCCAAAUUAAAUCAAUUUGAUACUUCCUUUUAAAAAAGGUAUUUCAGUUAUGGCAAUGUUUACAUACCACAAAGGCCAAGGUAGGUUGCCAGUGAAUCCUUGAUAUGUAGAAAUGAACAAGUUUUCUGAUGUCUGUAGAUACUAAAGUUUUAAAACAUUCACUGGUUUACUUGGAAUAUUUAAAUAAAUAAGCAAACUCAGUACAUAAAGGAAAUGCAAAUAUUGCAAAAAAAAGUAAAGGAAGGAAGCCUUAGAAUGCCGUAUUAAAUCAAAGUCCUGAUAUUUACAGGAAUUUAUUUUAUUUUUUUGCCAGAUUCAUAGGCAUAAAUAUCAUAUUGUAAGGAAUUUCAGGACAAGGAGUAAACGUGUAUUUAUUUAUUUGUUUUGGGGUUUUUUGUUUGUUUUCUAUAGGUACUGUAACUGCUUUCUUCAUAAAAUUUACCCUUUUUUAAUUUUUAUUCAAAACAUUAAAAUACAAACUUCAAAAAAGGGAAAAAUACAAAAACAAAAUAAAACAAAAUUAGACGAGACUACACAAGUCCAGAAAAAGAAAAAAAACAAAAAGGACAUAUAUAUAAAUUGUCCCCUCUAGCUGAAUAGAGAUAACGAUCAUAGUUUCCCCCCUCCACCUUGCAAAACAGGCACACAAUUUAUGAAUUUCUACAACAGUGUUUACCCAACCCACUAAGCCUGAUAUAUUUCUGCUAUAUAUAAACAUAGUUAACAAGUAAAACCAACAGCUAAAUAAAACUUCAAAACCCUCUGUUAAGAAUCUAUUGAUUGUAUUUCACUCGCAGAAAGUUCUCAACGGCUUCUGGUCUACCCCAUAAGUCACCAAAAUCAUUGUCCCUGAUCUGUCCAGGAUCAAAUAUCUUUGAUUAAUUCUUAACGAUAAGGCUAUUCCUUAAAAUAUUAAUCAGGAUCUUUUGGAUGGGAUCUAAAUAUCUGAUCAUGCAGAACCACAUAUAUUUGCCUACUACACCAUGAUUAGGCAACUAUUUAGUAGGUAAAAGAAUAAACAAAAUGAAAAAGGGAAAUUAUUCAUUGUUGUACACUUAUGCUUUCUGAAGAGUGCCUUCUAAGAGGAAAAAUUAUUAUUAUUAUUAUUAUUAUUAUUAUUAUUAUUAUUAUUAUUAUUUACUUUAUUCAUUAAACAUAAAACGCUGUCAACUGAACAUUCAAAAAUGCAUCACAAAUACCAUUGACUGGUGCUAAUGGUUGAUACGGGUUGCUGCCAGCGUCCUAGGUAUCAACCAAGUAUCUUCUUAAGAUGUACGAUGUUCCAAGUAGCACAGUUCGUUGCAGUUCCACUGGUGUUAUUGCAGGAAGCUGCAAUUUGUUGAUGUAUCUUAUAAAAUUCUUGGACAUGGUACCAAGUGCCCUGAUGACAAUGGGUAUCACUGUUACAUGUUUCAUCCAUAGCCAUAUAGUUUCGA